GUACAGUUAAUUUUUAGUCACAGGAAAAAAAAAAAAACAGCUGUUGUUGAAAAAGAAAACAUCGAAGAGAGUUUCAUUGACGGAUGUCUUGGCUUUAUCUUUUCGCACACAUAAAUAAAAAUGCCUGCCCCAAAGAGAGGGUCAUCUCCUGAUGGUACUCAGCCCAAGAUAAGGAAGUUGGAUCAGGAUGAGGAUGAUCUGCAAUCCACAACUACACCAGCUACAAAUAACACAGCAGCAGACUCUCGGAAUAUACCAGCCAAGUCAUCCAUACAGAGUUCCCCCCCAAAGCAUUCCAGCAAAACCAUUUCUGACCCCCCUGUCAAAAAAGCCAAGCCCCUAAACGCCACAAGUGCCUCCUGCGGAGAAGCUCUGUCACAGAAAGCUAACUCCAAUGCUUCACUGAAGCGAACAGCCUCCACUGAGUCUGAGGAUGAACUAAGUAGUGAUAGUGGUAAGACUGACCCUUUCAGAGAGAGGUAUGAUGGCGACAAGGCACGCUGCAUCAGACAAUAUUCUAAUCGAUUCAAAGCUAAGCGCAAGGCUGAAGAGUCAACGUCUGACCCACAGGAGACAAGCCAAGGGUCACCGUCUGCUAGUGAUGACCCCGUUCAGAUGGAACACAAUUAUGGUAGAUUUUCAGAUUCAAGUAUGGAAGAGAUUAAUCAGGAGGAGAAAAAAGAAUCUGCACCGUCUGUCACUGAACUAGAUGUAAUGUCAGUUAAUGCAACACAAGCAGAAUCAAAAGAAAGUUUCGUCGCUGGAAGUGCAAAGGCUAGCAUUGAUUUUGAGUGCCCAGCCGAUCAAAUGAAACGUGAGGAAUUAAAAAAUGUAGACGGCCAAAAGCUCAAUGAUAAUAAAGCACCAGCAUCAUGUAGAGAAAGCUUAGACUCUGUCACUGCAACAGCUGAAGGGCUGGUUUGCAUCACAUCUGAGGGAGGGGGGAAUGAAAAGAUGGACAUCAAUAACCAAACGUAUAUAGAUAAUGAAAUAGUUGUAGUGGCAGUGGAAACAUGUUGUAGUACUGAAGAGGCAAAUCCAGGCAGUGAAGUGGAAGAGCAGGUAGUGGAAAGGAUGAACUCGGCUGAUAAAAGUCAAACAGAUGUGAUCAGUGAAACUGAAACAAAGGAGGCCUCAGAGUCUGUUUCUAAGGAUAAAUUGGAUAUAAAAUGUAAAAGUAAGGAUGAAGGGCAGGAAGCCAGUGCCUCUGCAGACCAUAUUGAUGUAGCAGAUAAAGCGUUAUCAAAUGAAACAAACGUGGAAGGAGGUGUUAAUCCUGAGACUAAGAAAAAUCUAACAGAGUCUGUUGGCAAUCCAGACACUCAAACAGACCUCAGUGUCAAAAUUCAAGUUACUUUCAAAGAGGAAUCUAACAUCAUUCAUCAAGUGAGCCAUGAAGUGCCAGAUACAAUUACCAACUCGUGUGAGGAUGUGGACAAACUAGCCCGAAAUUCUGAAGAAAAGCUUAGGGACAGUGAAAGAAAAGGAGUCGAGUUCCUGUCGACUCAGACUGUUGCUGGUCCUGGGUCCUUUGCUGAACAUCGGAGCCAUGAAGCGAUAGACAAGACGACAGAGAGCUGUACUGAAAUACUGACGUCAAAUUGUGAGGCUGUUCCCGAGCAAAAUCAAAGCGAGGUGCUGUCUGAGUGUGUCACAGACUUGGAGGGACGUAUUGACAUGGAGACAAAGAUAGCAGAGGAGACAGUUGAGUCAGCACCUAAAGAGGAUACACUAAACAGGGAGAAAAAUGGAGGUAAUGACCAUGUGACACAAUUACCAGCUGUAGUCGAAGAUACUGCAGAGACAAGGAUAGAAAGGGAGAACAACUAUGAGGAGAUUUCCAAUGAAGCCGCUACAAUGGAAAUCCAAAUCCAAAAGAGGCAGGACGCAAGUGAACACAUUCCAGAUGUAUCUACAGAAUUAAACAAGGAUUGUGUUUCUAAUUCUGAAAUAAUGGAAAUUGAUGCCAACCAGAACUUUGAAUGCAGUAGUGGACCUGAGAGACAGACUACAACGGCAUCACAGAUUCUUAAUCCUGCAUCUUCAGUGGAAGUACAAAGUCAGGAGAGGCCAAGAGACAGUGAACGCACCGCAGACAUGUCUGAUAAAACCCAGGAACAUCCGGUUGCAAACUGCCAGGAAGCCAAAGAUGAAGGCAGGAUUGAUGCUGAAUCUGUAGGUGCUGCUGAGAAUAGAAUAGAGGUGGAAAUGCAGACAAUAGCGGCACCAGAAGAGACGUCUAUCAUUGCACCUACAGUGGAUAUGCAAAGCCAGGAAGUCACUGAACUGACCACAGCCAUGUCUGCUAAACUGCACGAGGAUCAAGAGGUAGAAAAUGUGGGAAAUCCAGCUCCUGGGGUUGAAAGCAUAAUAGAAGUGGACAUGCAGGCUACAUCAUCUGAGGAGAUAAUUGACAAAGCACAUGCACUGGAAAUACAAAGUCAGAAUGAAGUGAAUAUCAAGGCUGCAGCAACAUCAAUGGAGAUUUCUAACAUAGCAGAAACACACGCCCAGGUGUGCCAAGCCGUCUUUGAACCUGUAACAGACAUCUCUGAGAAAGCUCUUCAGACUCCUGAGAUGAAUGGGAAUGAAAACAAGGUUACAACAGUGUGUGUGAAUCAAAGAGAAAUUGAUUUGCCGACCACAACAACACGAGAGGAGACUUCUGAUCCCUCAACUGAAGCGGAGGCACAGAAUGAGAGAGGUCAGGAGGUCAACACACUCACAACACAGGUCAGCGUUGCUAAAGUUUUUAGUGAAGAAAACAAGGUUAUCACCGUGUGUGUGGAUGCCACUGAUCAUCGUAUAGAAGUGGAUCUGCAAGCGACGACAGCGGUGGAAUUUCGAAUCAACCUCCUUCACUGGAAACACAAAGCAAGGGGAGCCCAGAGGUCAAUGAAUUCCACUCUGACGAAAGGGAUCUAGUGACUGCAUGUUGUGAGAGUAAAGAAAAGGAAAAUGCGGUUAAUGCUGAAUGUGUGGAUGUUACAGAGGUUCAAAUGAAUAUGGAAACUCCUAAAACACCGGAAGAUAUUUGUCAUGCCGCACCUACCAUGGAGGAGCAGAACCAUAGGAUUGGGGAAGUGGAUGAACCCACUAUGGCCUUAUCAAAUGAUAACCAACCUCCUCCUUUGCCCGAGAGUGGGGAUAAUGCAGACAUGGAGACAAAGCCGAAUAUCCAAGGGAACAUGGAGGUUGUAUCACCAGGUAGGGUCGGUGAUAUUGAAGGAGAAGGAACUGGAAGCAAUGAAGUAAUAGUGUUUGUGCGUGGGCAACCGGAUGGCGCUGAUAUUGUAAUUCCAGCAUCGGAAGAGCCAAUUGACACGGUUAAUCAGUCAGAUGUUGAGAUUCAUGAAAACCAGAUCGUGUACGAGCCCAUUAGUAGUCCAGAAAGUAGUGAUGACAGAGAGAUUUCCACAGCGUCAGAGAACCACGAUGGUGUGUCUUCACUGGACAGACAGCACACUGGAUCUCCAAUGGAAGGAGAUGUAUCAACUAACAACAGUUGUAGCCAGCAGCUGGAGAAAGAGGAAGACCUCCAGCAACAGAUGUGUGUCCCAGACAGUCAAGAUGUUGAAGUGCCAGAGAGUUGUGUUCCUGCACAUUCGGAGGAGAGUAACAUGAACGUGGAUGAGAAACAAGUGGCAGUGAUCAGCUCCAGCGAUGACAUCAGCCGGCCAGAUGGCCAGUCGGAGGAUGCUACGCAACAGAGAGAAAGCAACGGGUAUGCAGAUUGUGCCGCAGAGGUUUCUGAACAGGAGCAGGAGGUGGCAGACGUCACAGUGACGACAACUACAGCCACCACUAAAAUUGAAAUACCAGACAGUACAUCUGAGGAGUUUGUGAUCAUACAACCAAUCGCAAUAGGUGAAAUCCCCUACGACAUUGUGACUCAAGCAGCGGCUGAAUCGGGUCUGUCUGACUCUCUUUCAGAGCAGGUGAAUGCUGAUGGGGAUAUGGAGAAUGAAAGGAUUUUAAAUGGUUCCCAACAAACUGACUUCCUACAGGCAAAAGAGCAGCAAUGUCCCACAGCUGAUGAGAUCAAAGUGACAAAUUCAAGUGAGGUUGUAGAUCAGGAGAUGACAGACGGAAGUGUCGAAGUUCUUCAGAAUUCUGACCACAGCAAGCCCCCGACAUCUGACUCGAUGGAUGUUAAUACCUCAGAGAUUGAGACUGCAAACCUCCACGCUCAAGUCACGAAUGUAGACUGCCAUGCACUGACAAUAGAAAACGCUGAGGCUAAUUUGGACUUACAAGAAGUGCAGAUUCUGCAGGAUAUCGAGAUCGGACGUGAGAUUGUAGUAGCAGAGGAAGAGAAUGAAGAAGAUGGUGACAUCACAAUAAUAGAGAAAGGCCAGGAGACACCUGAGGAAGACCCUCCUAAAAAGUCUGAGGAGAAAACUAAAGAUGAGACUUGUGGGACCAGCUUGAAGCAAAACACAAAUGAAAAGACUAUAGAUGACAAAAAGGGAAAGGGGGCAGAAAAACCCAAGAAGCAAGAAAUGAACACCCAGGCCAGAACCAAAGCCCGUCUGGCUGCUCUGGCUGAGCAAAAGGCUGCGGCCUCUAAGAGAACUGCAAACAGACAGCAGCUCAACCUCUUAGCUUUGUGUCAUGAGAUAGCAGAGGACAUCGCUACGGACAGCAUGCUGCUAAAGAGGAUAGAAGAAGAAAAACUAGUGGCGGUGGCGGCGGCGGCGGCAGCAGCUGAAGCCGCAUCCAAGAGUGCAACCAGCAAGAAGGAAAGCCCCCCUGUUACCACGCAGGAGGCAGACCCUGCUGUUGUUGCAACUCUUGCAGGACCAGAGGAGAGCUCUGCUUCAGUGACACCUGCUGAGGAGGCCCCUGCAGCCAAGCCCUCAACAGAGGAUUCAGCUGAGGCUAAACCCGCUGCAGAGCCCGUCGCAAAGCCUCCCGCAGAAGCUCCAAAGAGGCGUUUCUUUGUCACGCAGAUUUCCGUGCCACUGAAAGCCCAUGAGAAGAAGAAGCUGACCAGAUAUCAGAGGCUGAGACAGGUGGAGCUGCAGAGAGAGAAAAUGUCCUGGGCACGUGUAAAGAAACUGAAGUCCGACCAAGCAAACCAGAUGUUUUCAGACAUGGAUUGGCAAGCCCCCAUGUCUGCCUCGUUCCCAUUCUCAGUGAGUCCUGUCACCACAGCUCCUCCCCCUGCAGCCAGUCCACCCGAAUCGCCUCUCCCAAGUCCCGCCUCAACUAGCAAACCUGCAACACUCAAGGUAGAAGAAGUCCCUAAGGCUUUCACUCCCAAAGCUGAACCCAGUAAGACUGAACCCACUAAAACAGAAACGCCCAAAACCGAACCACCAGAAGCUGAAGCCUCCAAAACUGCGACUCCUAGCGCUGGAACCCGUAAAUCUACAAGGCAAACUAAGGCUCUGACUCCGAAAGAAACCCCUUCCCCGGGGCCCACCCCUAAAGUGACCCGAUCAGCAGCAAAGAGGACACUCCCAGCAGUACCCCCUCCCAUGCCUAAUGGAGUUAAAGCUCAAAAACAGAAGCCCGUUGAGUACAAGCCGUACAGGCCUCGGCCAAAGUAUUCCUUCGAUGAUUUUGAACUAGAUGACGACCCGUUACCAGGAGCAACAAAAAAGCCUAGCCUUCAGACAAGGCCCAUGCAUCCGAUGCGACCCAAUGUCCAGUCCAACCCCGCAGCUCAACUUAAACCCACAGGUCAGUCACAUCUUGCAAACCAGGCAAGACUCAGAGCUGGACAGAUCCCAGGUCAGCCGAGGCCAGCCGGUUCCACAGCUCCACAGUUAAAGCCUGCAGUUGCAACAACCCCCCAGUCAAAGGCCACAGCUACUGCCGCAGCUUCUUUAAAACAGCCUUUAGUUAAAGCUCAGUUAAAGCCUCCUGUCAUGACGGCCCCCCAGUCAAAGACUGUCACAGCUCCAGGUCAGUCCAAGCCCGCUGUUUCGCCUCAGUUAAAACCUGCUGGCAUUGUGAGUGCUCCGCUCAGGCCGACGGCAGCACCUCAGGCUGCAGGAUCAACCACACCUGAGACAAAGCCUGCUCCUCCUAAGGCCGACGUUGGUUCAAUGCCCCAGAAAACCCCAAAUACACCGUCAUCAGGAGAUGGCAAAUGCAAGGAGACAGCUGAUCCCACCUCUUCCCUACCCACUAAAGAUGGCUCUAAAGUGAAGUGUGAGGAAAAGCCUGCAGUGGCUGGUGUGGAUCCUCCUCCUGAGAAUAAGGCACAAUCGGUCAAGAAAGAGUCAUCGGAAAAACCUCAAGAAGGAGCAGCAGAGACCCGGGAUGGCAGGACUCCUCUCUCUGACGCCUGCCUGCAGAAAGAAGUCAAGAAACUAAAGGAGGCUGACAAAGACGGAACCCAGACCAUCAUUGAUGCAGGACAGAAGCAUUUUGGAGCGGUGGCCUGCAGCGUGUGUGGGAUGCUCUACUCGGCUGCCAACCCUGAAGACGAAUCUCAGCAUUUACUCUUCCACAACCAGUUCAUCAGCGCUGUUAAAUACGUGGGAUGGAAAAAAGAGAGGAUCCUGGCAGAGUAUCCCGAUGGCAAGAUCAUUCUCGUCCUGCCUGAUGAUCCCAAAUAUGCUCUGAAGAAGGUGGAGGAGAUCAGAGAGAUGGUGGACAAUGACCUGGGCUUCCAGCAGGUGGAGACCAAGUGUCCCUCUCAGACCAAGACCUUCCUCUUCAUCUCCAAUGAUAAGAAAGUGGGUGGAUGCCUUAUAGCCGAGCACAUACAGGAGGGAUACAGGGUGAUCGAGGAGCCAGGACCGGAGGGCUCAGAGGGAGAGAAGGUGAUGUUUGAGCGUCAGAGAGCGUGGUGCUGCUCCACGACAGCAGAGCCGGCCAUCUGUGGCAUCAGCCGCAUCUGGGUGGUGAACAUGAUGAGACGCAAGGGCAUCGCCUCCCGCAUGCUCGAGUGCCUCAGGAACAACUUCGUGUACGGUUCGUACCUGAGCAAAGACGAGAUCGCUUUCUCCGACCCCACACCCGACGGGAAACUCUUCGCCACACAUUACUUUUCCACGUCUCAGUUUUUGGUUUAUAACUUUGUGAGUGGAACACGCUCAUCCCAGCCAAAAACUGACGCAGUAUGACAGUCUCCAGGAAAAAGGUAACGAUGGAUUACACCGAGACGCCCGCGGAGCAACGGGACGCAUCGUCACUAAACAGCGUCUGAUCCAGAUUUGCAAAAUUACAAAAAAACAAAACUGUAAAUAACUCCUUGGAGAGGACACACAUUGGUUUAAAUCUCAGGAUGAAAACAACAAAGUGUUGUUAAUCAUUUUUAUUAACUCGCCCUUUAAUCCCUCCCCGAAUGGUAUUUUGAAAAAUGAGAGUAUUUUCUUCAUACAUUUUUAAGUACACAAUUGGUUUUAUUAGAAGGAUAGAGUUUACAUGCAUGACCUGACAGCAAUAGAAAACAAAGAGCCUUUCAUUGAUGUUUUCCUUUUAAUUCCUGCGAGGUCAAACAGGUGCAUUUUAAAUAAAACGGUUGUUUUAGAGUUUUGUCCUUUAUUCAGUUUAAAUGAUUUUUAACUGCAUAAUGUAGUCUACUCCAUCUCUUCACAGCUCACCGUGAUGCUGCCGUCAUCUCAAGUGGUUUUAAGAGGCAGCGAUAAUGCUACUGGCCGGUUACAUUUCUCUUCUUUCCACAUCAGUCACACUGAUCUCACUGUUUUUAUUCAAACAUUUCAAACUGAUCAUCCUAAAGAGAUGUGGGUGAAAGCUGUAGCUAGGGCAUUACUUGUGUUCUAUCAUUUUCUUAGAUCACCAUGCCUGAACGGUUUAGUUUUCCGAGCUGAGCCAUAUACUGUACACCGUUUAGCAGGGCAUUGUAGCCUAAAACUGUAUGAGUGACGUCUUUUAAUUUCACCGAAGCUGUCUAUUGCUUUCUCUGUGCCUGAAUGAAUAAUGUGUGACUUAAAAUUAGUUUUUUUCCAGCUUUUUAUUGCGUUAAUGUAGAGUAUCAUUCUCCUUUUACCUUUAGUAAAAACGAUUAAAAAUGUAUAUCAAAUGAUCAUGUAGAGUUAUGCAUACUAUAACGACAUUUAUAAUGGAUGUGUUCAGCCUUUAUGACUACAAACAGGAACAUUUGCUCAGUGAUCAACUCCAGCGGUGGAGAUGAACCUCGGCCUCCCUACACAGAUUUACAGUAUCGUCGUACUCCAUCCCUUGUUUUUUUUCUUUUUCCUACUUGUUAAAGCUUUUAGAAAAAUGUGUCAUGUGAGAAAAAGAUAUUUGAUUUAUACGAAGCUGUUAUGUAAAUAUUUAUUUAAAUAAUAAACGAUUUAAAACAA